AUGACACUGACAGCAACUACUACACCUAAUGAAGAGGAGAGAGCAGACAUAUCAGCGAUCGAUGAUCUGAAAGAUCUGCUGUACACCUCAACCCAUAACAUCAUCUCCCUUAAUGAUCUGGUGACCAAGCUGACCGAGAAAAUAGUUCUCCUUACCCUCUCAGCUGAGGACACCAGAACGGAAAUAAAAACGACACAAUCUGAAAUUAAAGACCUGAAAGAGCAAGAUUCAAGAUUGCUGCAGCAGAUUACUGCCGUUAAGGAGAACAUGAGAGAAAUUUUUAUGAUUGAUGGAGGGUGGAGUGACUUUGGUGACUGGUCUGAAUGCUCUGCUGAAUGUGGUGGAGGAACAAAGAAAAGGGACAGGACCUGUACUAACCCUGCACCUGAACAUGGAGGAGCUGAAUGCCAAGGAGAGGACUCGGAAAACCAGGAUUGUAACACACAAGAUUGUCCAGUUGAUGGAGGGUGGAGUGACUUUGGUGACUGGUCUGAAUGCUCUGCUGAAUGUGGUGGAGGAACAAAGAAAAGGGACAGGACCUGUACUAACCCUGCACCUGAACAUGAAGGAGCUGAAUGCCAAGGAGAGGACUCGGAAAACCAGGAUUGUAACACACAAGAUUGUCCAAUCGAUGGAGGGUGGAGUGACUUUGGGUAUUGGUCUGAAUGCUCUGCUGAAUGUGGUGGAGGAACAAAGAAAAGGGACAGGACCUGUACUAACCCUGCACCUGAACAUGAAGGAGCUGAAUGCCAAGGAGAGGACUCGGAAAACCAGGAUUGUAACACACAAGAUUGUCCAAUCGAUGGAGGGUGGAGUGACUUUGGGUAUUGGUCUGAAUGCUCUGCUGAAUGUGGUGGAGGAACAAAGAAAAGGGACAGGACCUGUACUAACCCUGCACCUGAACAUGAAGGAGCUGAAUGCCAAGGAGAGGACUCGGAAAACCAGGAUUGUAACACACAAGAUUGUCCAAUUGAUGGAGUGUGGAGUGACUUUGGGUAUUGGUCUGAAUGCUCUGCUGACUGUGGUGGAGGAACAAAGAAAAGGGACAGGACAUGUACUAACCCUGCACCUGAACAUGGAGGAGCUGAAUGCCAAGGAGAGGACUCGGAAAAUCAGGAUUGUAACACAAAAGAUUGUCCAAUCGAUGGUGGGUGGAGUGACUUUGGGGAUUGGUCAGGGUGCUUUGGUGAUUUUGGCGAGGGGAAACAAGCCCGCGUUAGAAGCUGUACCAACCCAACCCCACAACAUGGUGGGGCAGAAUGUAAAGGGAAGACUAAGGAAUCCCAAAGAUGUGCUGUAUGUACGUAUGGCGCAUAUGGCGAAUUGUGUGAGUAG